ACAUUUUUCAUGUGUAGCCCAUUAUAACCCUAAUUUCGGUGACCCACAAAUGCAAUUAAGUUGCGAUAAAAAUAGACAUUUUAUGUGAUUUCCUUCCAUCAAACACAGUCAAUCAGUCGGUCGGUCGGUUGACUAGUUAUUUAGUGGGUUGGUGGGUGAGCAAGCUCACCCCCAAAGCGGUUGUGCCGGCAAUCAAUCUUAGAUAUUGUCGUUCUGUUGGACUGAUGUUGAUAAGGAACGACAACGCAAUUAGAUAGCCCGCUUCGCAGAUAAGCGAAUGCGCCACGAGCGGCACAGAAACUUUUAUGGAUCGCCGCCAGAGCCGAACUCAUAAAAAAGACUGCCUUCCUGCUCCCUUGCUUUUUUCCCGAGAAAUUUCAUUUAUGUAUCUGACUUAAUUAGCUGGGCAAAUAAACCAGCCGCAGCAGUUCAAACAGAAAACCAACAGCUUUUUCAAAAGGCGCGCCAAGCCAAAAAACUUUCCAGCACUUUUUUGUCCGGUUUCGCAACACUUUCUGCCACAAAACAGCUGAUCACUUUUCAGUAUGUUCAGCAUUUUGUUUGCACCACGUUGCCGUGUAAUUUUGUUUGGGCAAAAUAAACAAAAAUAAUGUUGAAGAGAGGGGAAACUUAGAAAGCUGAAAGAACUGAAAAUCACACGAAGCUCCAACAACCGGCAAAAAGUAUCUGAAUUCAGGAGCGCGAAAGUGUAUCUUCAAGUUGAGAAUAAAUAAUACAUGAGUUAUCAACAGCUGCUAAAAACAUUCGCAAAAGGAAAACAAAAAUACAAGAUAAAAUCAACCAACCAGAACGGAAAUAUAAGAUACAAAUAAUGAAAAUAUUAAAAAACAUCUAGAUAUCACAAAACCUAAAAGUUAAAUACUAAUAAAUCGGCUUAUUUCAAAAACAGACAGCUAAAUAUUUUAUAAUAUUCAAACCCUAAAAAAGAAGUGAAAUUUCCAUCGAAAAGUAUCUUUAGGAUGGGAAAUACCCCUCAAAAUAUAAAAUCAUAAAUACAUUACUUUUACUAAAAUUUAAAUAAAGAAAAAGAAAAGUUUUAGCUUUGAUCGAUACAAGACUGUACAAAAAUCACCAUGAGCUUUGAGAUUGAUGCCCAGCAGAUUUGUGAGCAGCUGGAGGGCACUGACCGUCGCCAAAAGACCAAGGUCCUGGAAGAACUACGAAAUCUGUGCCGAAAUGCCCCUGAAAACAUGAGCACCGAGAAAAUGGCCGAGAGCUUCGAUCAACUGUAUCUCCAUCUGCUGAAAUCCUACGAUGAUCGCUUCGAAAGUGUUCGCGAUCACGCCGUUCAGGCGGUAAAUGCUUUUCUGGAGCGCCUGCCACCCAUGGACUUCCACCUGCUCAAUGUGGUGUCCACUUUGGCAGAGCGGAUGGGAAAAGCCGAGACCGUGGAGCCCAGCGAGGAAAUUCGGCUGCUGUACAUCGGCCAACUCAAUUUGAUGGUGCGCCAGUAUGCAAAAAUGGGAAAUGUCGGCGUCUUCAGGGAGUGCUAUCCACAAGUGGUCAAGAUUCUGAUCAAAUCCAUCAAGGAUGACUAUCCACUGGUUCAGCGCGAAGGAUGCUCCACCUUGGUGAAUCUCUCUCGUGUUGCAGAUACCCAGGAAUUACGUCCCUUUACGGAAUCACUACAAGCAGCUCUAUAUGGAAUGCUGAAUCACAAGCAUGCGCAGGCCAGGAUCUCUGCGAUUGAAGCCAUCGGCAGACUGAGUCUUCACAUGGACGCCAGUGGUGAAGCAAUGAAGAGGCUCUUCAACGAGGUCUCCCCUCUUCUAAUGGACACAAUGCCUUUGGUUCGCCGUGAAGUGGGUCAGAUGGGUAUUCUUAUGCUAAUGGAACUGUUGGAUCGUUACUCCUUCUUUGAGAGAAUCCUACCCUUGGUGCUGUGCUGCCUGAAGGACGAAUCACCGGAGGUUCUGAGCCACAUCUACCCCCAGUGGCUCAAGUGUGGCAAGCUGUAUUUCGAAGAAAAUGAAGCCGAAUUGUGUCAACAGGAGAUCAGCGAUCUGCCAGUGGAGAAUUACCCAAAAGAUGUCAAGCGUCCCACUAUUGGAUGUCGAGGUUUGGUGCAACGUUCACUGAGGUUGCUGAAACUUAUAACCCGAGAAACUAGCGACUGGAAGGAUAAUGUUCGUCUGCACGCCUUGAAACUCCUAUAUCAAUUCGUUUUGCAUGCUGAGGCCGCAAUGACGGCCAAAUUCUUUGAGAUCUACGGCGAUUUGGCCCAUGCCUGUAUCGAUCCUGUGGCAGAGGUCAAUGCUGAAGCUGCUAAGGUGGCUGAUUUGAUGGGUCGCCUAUUGUCCUACGAUGCCUGGAUUGACCACGGUUUCGAUGGCCUGGAACGGAAUGCCAGGGAAUCCUACAUGAGAUGCUUCUACCACAUGUUCACCUCUUCAUUGGGUGGCAGCUACGAUCAGAUGAUGAAGUUGGCAAAACUCCUUCGCAGCACCGACUAUUCGCACACCCUGAAACCAGGCUUUCAGCUAUACAUACUCAAACUUUUGGAUACCAUACUGGACAAAUCGCUGAAGAUCAAUGCGGGACAGGAGGAGCUGCAGGAUCUCUACGAGGCUGUCUAUGUGAGUGCUGUAAAAGUAAUGGCUCUUUCAUAUUCUCUCAGCGGCAACCUAAUUAAUGAGGGGAAAAUGCUGAUCGAUAAAAUUGUUAAAUUUGAACAAAUUUCGGAAGCCAAACUUCACGAGCGCUGGUUUCCCUUGGCCCUGAAGGAUGUGGAGAAUCUCGAUGCUGCUUUGGAAGAUAAUGCGGAACCAGUGCUGUUGCUAGAUGGUCUCAUAAAUAUAUGCCUCAUUCGAGCUACAUAUAUAGUCGAUCUAAUGGAAAAGGUGAAGCUGGUCUUCGAACAUUGCUGCGAUAGUGCUCAAGUCAAAGUCUUUAGCAGUCUCUCCGUGGCAACGCUUUAUUGGUCGAAAACCAUGGACAUAGAACGUGAGCGCAGCACUCAAAUGUUGAGUGAAUUUAUAUCGCAAAUUGUGGAGCCCUAUUUGACCUGGAAAGCUGGAUCAAAUGCCGAGGCCAUGAGAUCUUUGGCCAUGGCUACACUAUGUGCUUUGGCUCAGGGAGCUGAAUCUGAAGCCAUGGAGGUUUUACCCUCGUUAGCCAAGCACAUGCCUAGCUUACUCGAAGAUCGAAAUGUGACCACCCGUCAUUAUGCCAUCAAGGCGGUAAUUUAUUUCCGUGAAAUGUCUGUGGAGGACUUGAAACCAUUGGGUUAUGCGACCAUGCAGCGCAUGGAUGAUCCUUCGGCUGGUAUUCGUAUCCUGGCUGCUUUGGCUGUGGGUAAAUUGAAACCCAAAUUCAGUGACUCAGAGAAGGAAGCGGAACACGAAAAGGAGGUCUGGGAUGCUUUUGUGAAACGUGCGAUGGAUCUGCUUUUGCUCUAUCACGAAAGCCCCGAAAAGGACAUCAAGGCAGCUGUGGAAGUAACCCUCAAGGUCCUGGCCAAAUCUCAUCCGGAAGCCUGGGAGGAGCGAUAUCAACGAGCUUUAGCUAUGGUUCACAAAAAAGAACAGCUAGAUGAACUCUACAAAAAGUUAACCAUUAAAGACGGACCAGAAUCUGAAGCUAAUACAUCCUAAGAUAUUUCCACAAUUUCGAUAAAUGUAUAAAAUUGAAUAGGUUUCUUUUUUGUUUACCCUUUUUCAUUCCAUAUUUUUGUUUUACUGAAAAAAAACCUUCACUCUCAAUUAAAAUAAAAUGGGGAUUAAACAUUUAAAUUGCUUUUAAUUUCUUCAUACAAUUUCUAGUUUACAUUCAGGCACUUGCUUCCAUUGACUAAUAUGUUUCCACUUCCAAGUACCAAGUUUUAUUGUAAACAAAAGCUAUAAACUAUAAAGGAAAAGCUGUGCAAGCGAAAAUCACACAAAUCUCUCGUUUAUUUUGCCAUGGCCAAAAAUAAUCCGUUUGAUGAUGAAUUGGGUUGCAAAAAGGGGGCGGCAAUCAUGAAGCUAAAAAUCAUCAAAAACUGCAAUUAAUAUACAGCACUAUAUUGGGUUAAAUACUUGAUAAAUAUACGAGUUUAUAAAUAGCCGGAAAUGGGAACAGAGUGCCUUUUAAUGGAAAAAGAGUAGAAAGGAGUAUACAAAAUACUGCAAAUUAUUCUAUGUUAGGGCAUAAUAUUACAAAUUCCUUUGGGCAUAGUAAACAGACAAUUAGCUACGCAAAUACAUUUUCGUGAUCCAGACCUUUCAAACAACCAUCCACAUCCGCAACAAUUAAAAGCUGAGCACACAUGAACUUGCGGUUAACUGAAAGUGGGUUUGGUGAAUGAAAUUAAUUUUUAAACUGCGAGAACUGCGUUGUAAUAAUCCCCAGGAUGCGGUAGAUAAUCGCGUGAUGGCAUUAACGAAGCCAACAAAGUGUUGCAUAACUUUCUGCGCAGCACAUGAAACUGCAUUCGUUGCCGCAGCCGAUUGGUUUUUCAAUCAGCAGCAAGUCGACCCAAUUUCCGGGCAACGGGAAAACUAAUUUGCUUCGCUAUGUAGCCGAAAAGUUUGCACACUAUAUUAAAACAAUUUGUCAAAUUAGGCAAAAUGUACAAGUUUCUAAUUAAAAUACCCACACGCGCGCACAUGAGCUUCUAUCUUCGUUACAGGGAUGAGAGCACA